CCGCCCAAGACAUGUGUGCAGGCAUUAAAUCCUACCCGGCCGGGAUAAGUCUGGCAAAAAUGCUAUUCGAUGUGCCCUGCUACAUGAUUUCUUGAACACGCGAGUUGGGCAUCAAUACUCUCUGCCAGAACGUGUGGAAUUGUUUCCGUCGGAUUGGCCUAUUGCCACUUGAAGCGCACAGCCACCCGACUCAUCCCGCCUAUGUCUUUCGGACUCACGCCAGGUCGAAAUGGCGGCUUCUAGCGCCACUGCCAGGCACACUCCAGGGUUCCACGUGCCUUGGCUGCUUUGACAUUUCCUUGGCUUGGGCUUACACUGGGGACGUCACGUUGAUGCCGUCGUUCAAAUAUCGCAACUCACUCAGCCCAACGCUACCUACCAGAGCGACAGCCAGGGCAUACCCCAGUGACCAGACUCGCAGCCUGCUUCGUUCUCACAAAUUAGUUUGAUCCGUACGAUUCAUUGACGUUGUCGGAAUGAGACCUACCAGAUUUUGUCACACACACUCAGGCAUCGAUCUUCCGAGUCCGCAAUAGCUCAUAUUUCUGCCUGAGAACAACUCAAGGUUAGAGACAGACCCCAAAUAUCACAGACGAAUAUGCCUCCCAAGACACGUGAGGACCACUCCGAGGGUCAAGGAGAACCAUCAUAUGCCCCUCCGCCUUCUUAUACCGAGGCCACAGUACCGGCCGGACCACAAUCUCGGCCACCGACGUACAAUGAAAAGCCCGCAGCAGAUCCAAUAGACGAGCUCGUCAGUCGCCUCCCUUCCCUGGUCCGGGAGAGGCAGCAGUCGCAGGCAAGCCAGCGAUUCACCGAGGAUGAUGCUCUCAUGCAACACAUGCUGCCUUUCGUCAGGGACUUCUUCCUCGACUUCUCCAUGGACAACAACGUGAAGAGGCACCGGAACUCACACAAGUCACUCUCAAUGGAGCUGAUGCUGGUCCCACAAGACGCGGCACGGAGUGACGAGGGGUGGCAACUCGCCGGACUGAACGAGAGAAAGGAACAGACUGCGUUUUUCCGGCUGAGCGAGAUCGCCGCACCGGGUCAGCUCAGAUGGGUGUCCAAGAACGGCGAGUCUUUGCAGAUCCGCGACGACGCGGCAGAUACGGAUUUACUAUGGUGGCGUGACGAAGAGCACGCUCUCCGACUGGCCUCGGCUCUCCGGAGCGUUGUAACACCUGAGCGGUCCGAGAAGAGCGAGACGACGCGUCAUGUGGAGAUUGACGAGCAAGAACCACCCGAGCAGUCUGACAGCAAACGCAAGUCUCCGAUGCGGUCUCUGUUCGGGCUUUCUAAGAAAUCUCAACCACCAGCCGAACGUUCCGUUCCCAAGGUACAGAACAAGAAUUUUGCGACAGUUUCCUUGGGGAGUGUACAGGUACAUGGGGAAGCCGAGGAAGUUACCUUUCGAAGAGAAAAUGAUUUUGGACUGUGGGAGAGCUCCUCGGGCUGGGCGAUUGUCAUCAAAGCAACGGUGCUAUACUGAAACCCCCUCUAUUUGACUACAGAGGGUUCUACAAGAUAGUUAAAAUUCGAGCCAAUUUUGGUACCAAAUGCCUCAGUCUUGAUGAUCUUUACGAAUAAAUUUGUACAAUGUGGAUGUGAAAUUGUGCUUCUGAAUUACUUCAAUGUUGGGAAUUGCCAAUCAUCG